AUGAAGUUCCUUCUCCUGGUUUUGACUGUUGCCCUGCUCUUGGCCCAGGUCUCCCCAGUCAUGAAGUGCUGGGGCAGGACAGGCAGGUGCAGAGAAACAUGCAAAGACAGUGAAGUAUUCCACAUCCUGUGCAAAUCUGAUAUAAAAUGUUGCGUGAAUCCCAAGUACGUCCUUGGCUUCUGGCUUCAGGUAUUUUAG